CGCCGCCGAAGGUUGCCGAGCGGGGGUCGCGCGGCUGCGGCGGCCUGGCCGGCGUUUCCGGAGAUUGCCGAGGGGCUUCGGCCCCUCCCCAGCCGCCUCCGAGCCCGUGACUGAGGCGCUCCGGCGGGUCGGAGCCCGCCGCGCCCGCUGCUCUGGUCGCGGCGCGGGGCUCACCCUCCUCCUCCUCCGGUGUCGCGGUGACAGAGCGGGGCGAUCGCGGCGGCGGCGGGGGGCGGCCGGGGCUCCGGCGGCGCGGAUGGCGGAGGGCGGCCAGCCCCCGCAGCAGCAGCAGCAGCAGCCACAGCCGCAGCUCCUGGCCGGCGGAGGCGGCGGCGGCGGCGGUGGUGGUGGGGCCGCCCGCGGCGUGAAGCGGGAGCCGGAGCUGGAGCAGCCCAUGCCCGCUGGGGACGGCGCCGAGGGCGGCCACAGCAAGCGGCUGCGGACGGAGGCGGAGGCCGAGGGCGGCGGCAUGCAGAACGAGCCUCUGACUUCAGGUUAUCAUGGAUACCCAGCAAGAGACAAUCAAGGUAACCAGGAGCCAGCAGCAACUCCUGAUGCAAUGGUGCAGCCAUUCACCACAAUCCCAUUUCCGCCACCCCCACAGAACGGGAUUCCCACAGAGUAUGGGGUGCCACACACUCAGGACUAUGCAGGCCAGACCAGCGAGCACAAUCUGACGCUCUACGGAAGCACGCAGCCGCAUGGAGAGCAGAGCACGAACACGGCCAGCACGCAGAACGGAUCUCUUGCACAGACAGAAGGAGGGGCACAGACAGAUGGACAGCAAUCACAGACACAGAGCAGUGAGAAUACCGAGAGCAAAUCCACUCCAAAACGACUUCAUGUGUCUAACAUUCCCUUCCGCUUUCGAGAUCCUGACCUUCGGCAGAUGUUUGGGCAAUUCGGCAAAAUCCUUGAUGUAGAGAUAAUCUUUAAUGAGCGUGGCUCGAAGGGAUUCGGGUUCGUAACUUUCGAGAAUAGUGCUGAUGCAGACAGGGCCAGGGAGAAAUUACACGGCACCGUGGUAGAGGGCCGUAAAAUCGAGGUUAACAACGCCACUGCGCGAGUGAUGACCAAUAAGAAGAUGGUCACGCCAUAUGCAAAUGGUUGGAAGUUGAGUCCUGUGGUUGGAGCGGUGUACGGCCCUGAGUUAUAUGCAGCGUCCAGCUUUCAAGCAGAUGUCUCGCUGGGCAAUGACGCCGCAGUGCCCCUGUCAGGAAGGGGGGGUAUUAACACUUACAUUCCUUUAAUCAUUCCAGGCUUCCCCUAUCCAACUGCAGCCACCACAGCAGCCGCGUUUCGGGGAGCCCAUCUGAGGGGCCGAGGAAGGACAGUGUAUGGGGCAGUCCGGGCGGUACCUCCCACAGCCAUCCCUGCCUACCCAGGUGUGGUUUACCAGGACGGAUUUUACGGUGCUGACCUCUAUUUGACUGAAGAAAUGUUAACAUCCCGCUCUAAAUCUCUCAGUGGAGUCUCUGUUCCCUUCUCUGAUAUAACAGAUGGGGUGGAUACGCAGCCUACAGAUAUGCACAGCCUGCUACUGCAACAGCAGCCACGGCCGCUGCAGCCGCUGCAGCAGCUUACAGCGAUGGUUAUGGCAGGGUGUACACAGCAGAUCCUUACCACGCCCUUGCCCCUGCCGCUAGCUACGGAGUUGGCGCUGUGGCGAGUUUAUACCGAGGUGGCUACAGCCGAUUUGCCCCCUACUGAAGUGACGUGAGCCCCCUGCAAGUGGGACAGCCCCCCCAGUUCAUGAGGCCUGGCUAUUGCAAUAUUUACUAGUAGAGGAACUCUAUAGCAAGAUGAGGAGGAAAAACAAAAGAGAAAAUACUUUUUUAUACCUCACUAUGUUCUUUGAAUAUGUAUUUUUUUUUCCUUUAAAUUUCUGCCUUUAAUUCUUUUGUUCCAAAGAUUGUGCAUUUUUUUGUUUUUUGUUUUCGUUUUUGGGGUUUUUUUAACUGUGGUAAAAAUAAUGCAUUUCCGUGUCUGUAUGUUGGUGCAUAGCUUAUCCUACCAAUCACGGAAAAGGCGAUUAGCGAUAAGGAGAGCUGUUAGAAACCGAUACCAUGUGAUUGAUCAGGAACACGCAGACAGUUACUUCCCUGGGUCUGGUGCUUGGUGUCUGUGAGACAGGAGGAUGCGAGGGAGAAGUCUCCACCUGCUGUGUUUCUGGUCGACAGAAGGAAGCGCUCUUUGGCUGUGGCUGGGACCUUAAUGCUGGUGGGAAAUAGUCAUUUACAUUCGAAAAUGGGGGAAAUGCAGAGACUUUCCUCGUUUUUAUCACCAUCUGACGCGCACAGGUUUGGGACAGUUUCAGCAGUGUCAGGAUUUUAGACUUGGCAAGAGAAGAUUUCCUCAACCUGCCCAAAGACUUUGGCUGUUACCGGCUGUACAGGGGACAAGACUUUGGAAGGAGUUUUUGAUGAGGAUGAUCUUUCCCCACCCCACACAACUUAUUCUAGCUGAUUGUUGUCCAUUGCUGAUGGCUGUAAUUAUCUUAGUUUUCCUUCCUCCUUUUCAAGAUCUUUCUCCUUUGCUGUCCCUUUCCUCCCCUUUCGUUCCUCGAGGAGUGGCAGAUGCAGUGCAGCAUCACACAGAAUACCUCUGUUGUGGACAGCAAGUGGUUAAACUGGCGGAGGUGAAGCGCGUGCAGCCUUGCAGAGGAAGAAAGCUAGCUGAAAAAUCCUGCAUCAGUGCGGUGCUCAAGAGAUCCAGCGCGCAAGGUCUCGCCUUCUGUUCAUCCUGAGCUGCUUAGGUGCUUCUGCAAGUAAUCUGUUUCAAAUAACAUGAGUGAGGAAAAACAAGUCAUGUAUAAGCUGCUGAGGCGAGGGGCAAGCUUGUGGGUUUGUGUAGGGGAAGAGGGGCUUUUAUAACUAAACGUGAUCCUGAAGUAGUUUUGUUUCAGUCAGGAGUUUAAGGAAAGGCAGGAGGAGUUUGUGCAAGCUCUGAAUUCAUAGGAACUUCCCACCACAAGCUAUUUCAGGCCCUUACGUAGUUGCGUUGUAGCCCCUGGGUCUGUGUUGCCCAGCCUCUCAUAGAAAGUUGUGCACCUGCUCUGCUGAGUCCAUAUAGACACUACAUAUUAGAAGAUUUGGAAGCAGAGAGACUAUUUAGGGGAGGGCUCCACAACUCCCAAGACCAUCUCCCUUCUCCUCUCGCAUACAGUGAUUUCGCUGUUUCUCAAAGUCAGCAUUUUUAGAUGACUGCGUGAGCUGUGCUGUGAUGGGGAGUUGCUGCUCUCCAGCCCUCCUCGCUCGGCUGCUGGCUCCUGGAGCGCUCCCAGUAACCCCAGUGCUCAGAGGCAGGGUCUCUAACCGCGUGUUAGAGAAAUGCAGUAGCACGGUUUUAUGAGGCUGCCUCGACUCCCUGGAUUGGUACUGGGGUGAGCUGACCGCCCCCAGAAGGGCUGUUGGGAGUGUGGGUUUGUUGGUGGAGCCUCUCCAGCUCCUGGCGUACACCUGCUUCUCCAUGCACUGCUGACAGCGGAAUAGGAAACCCUCCUGCAUUUAACACUAAGCAACGUUAACAAGCGGAGCUCCCAGGGAGGUGUUGUGGCCCAGCCACACAUAACCACGCAUUUUUUUGCUCUUCCCCAGCGAUACGCGUAGCCGCUCUGUGUGGAGCAGAGAGGAGGCACCUCAGAUGGGAAGAAUGGGGAAGCCAUUAGUUAAGCUAGAGACCCUGAAGCUAUUGAUUCUCUGGAGGAAUAGCUAGACAAAGGGGACACCAAACUGCCAGCCUGUUGGCCACCUUUUUUUUUUUUUUUUUUUUUGCUGGUUUUAUUGUUGGUUUUUAAACUUUUUUUUUUCAAGCCAAAGUUUGGUUUGUUGCUGUUAUGACAAUUUUUUUUGUUGUUUGUAUAUAAAUAUUUUAAUUAGCUUGAAAAUGGGGAGGGGGGAACAGGGUGUUGGGGCUUUUCACAAAAUCUAGGAAAUGAGGGGGUGCUUGGGAGCUUUUACAGAGUUGGGGUAGGGGAGGGAGGACUCGUGAUAGAAAUAGUCAUAAUUCAAGGGGAGCCAUUUCCACCACAGGGCAGCCAGGGGACUUCUGGAGCUGAGAUGCAGCAAAAGCCUCUACUGGACUUGUUCUACCCACCUGCAGGGUGGAGGGGCUGAGUGAGGCCGUCCUUUCCCUUGCCCGCAGCUCCUCGUGGAGCGGGUCUGCAGGCUGCCAGUGAGAGGAGCGCGGCUUGCAGAGCCCGGCAGGGGCAGCUGCUCGUUCCUCUGCCCCUUUUCUACCUUUCAGUUCAGCUGGUUCUGACUGCAGCUCCCAAAAAGCUGGGCUCUCCUUCCCCAAGUGCCCUCCCCUGCCCUGGCAAAGUCGCCUGCAAUCCCACCCCCACCCCCCCGCCACUUGGCCUCUCUGAGAGUAGGGAGGCCAGCCCCAUUUCUGCCUCCGAGCAGAGUCUAUGCAUGGCAGCUUCAGCCCACCCAAGUAUAUUAGGAGUUGAAGGGUUUAGUGCAGAAGCGCCCAACCUUUGCAGGGCCGUGGUCCCCUGCAGUAUGAUCUCCGAGUAAUACCUGAUCUAGACCAUCCAGCCUAGUCCCUCCUGUAUCCGAGCCCGGCCUGCUCCAGUCACUCCCUGCCAGGCUGGUGCAUUAACCAGCCGGUGUCUCCUCGACUUCGUAGUUACUCACUGGUGGCCCAGCUCCCUGCUCUCAGCAUUGGGCUGUAGAGGGGAUGCUGAGAUGCUUACACGGCUGGGGGGUGGAGGUGGCUCGCUGGUUCCAGGUCUUCGGAGCACAAGACCUCCCAAAAACUUGCACACCAGCUGGAAUUUUGCAGCGAGGUUUCUCGAGUGAGUGUUGUGCCGUGGCAAGGAGGGCUCUUCAGCCUUUCCUUCCCUCUUGGCAAACAACAGCUCUGGUUUCACUCAGAUGUGUUAUGAACUGGCUUGAGAUGCAUUCAGAGUAGCCAAGCUGUGGCUAUAUCCAUCUUCUGAAGAAGUGAGGACAAAGCCUAUAUCUCUCCCUAUGCAAAAUGAAUUACACUUAAUGAAUUAAACUGGGCCCUGGCUUAUUUGACUGACGGCAGCUAGUGCUUGUCCCCAAGGUGGGUCUGGAGUCACAGGUCCCUCGCAAAGCAGGGUUUGGCUUUCCAAGGGAAACCGCACAGGCAGCCUGGCAAAUAGCUUGCUAUUUGUCACCACCUCGUCUGGUGGCAUCUGGGAUUCCUCUUGAUGUGGAGGGAAAGAUGUUUCUUUAAGUGUUGCUGUUUGUACUGUCUUGCAAUAGGUCUGGCCAGCACAUGAUAUCAUACUGGUAAAAUUUUGGAUCGAAGAGUUCAUUUAUUUAAUGUGCUGAUGUAUCUUUCCUUGUGGGUACAGUUGUGCUGGUACAAAGAUGGCUUCUACUGGUAUAGCAUAUUCUCUACUGGGAAUAAGUUACAUUGAUGCCCAGCACGUUAACAAACGGUUGUCUCUGUCCCCGCACUAGGGAGGCUGCACUGGUGGAGGUGGGUUGGCUUUUCUAAGAAAAGCCACGACGGGACCUGGAGACAACGGGGAGGUCAGAAUGAGCCUGCUAUAGCCAGCUAUUCCCAGGUUAAGCGGUUACAUGGAUCCUGGGUCAUGAGUUCAGAUAGACAAAGCCAUGUUUUUAAUUAGCUGUGGCUUGGCUGUUUCGGUGCCCGAGAGCGAGUGCUAGCUCAGGAGUCGGAGACCUGUGUUUUGGUCAGGGCUCUGUCAGUGAUCCUCAAGGAGCAGUUGUGUCGCUGCUCUAGAAUUUGCUUCCCCAUCCCUAAAGUGAAGUGAAAGUUUAUCCCCUGUUCUCACCCGUUUUGAGAUCUGUGGACGUGAAGUGCACGGUGAGAGCUGAGGAGGGUUAUCUGAAUAGCUGGCUCGAGUGCUAGUUGUGAAAACGGUUAAUGAAACCAUUUCCUUGCCUGAAAAGAGACACUGGCUGCUGGGGUUUCAAUUCCAGCACCCAGAGCUUCGGCAGCGGGGAAUACAAAGCAGAGCCUCCCAGUUCCUACCCGUGUUUUUCCCCAACCCGUCCCUGUCUGUAGCUUCCCAUCCCAGCCCCAAAGGAGGAGGCAAGUGGAGAACAGGUUUGGGGAGCACUUAGGAAUUCAAUAAAGGGAAAACCAAACAACAGCUCUGGGGAGCGCUUUUGCUGAGUCUAGCUCCAAAGGGAAAGCGCGCGGGCAGCGCGGCAGGCAGCCUGCUGACCCUCAGGCCUGGCAGGGUCGGGGGGAUGCUGUCCUCGGUGCAGAGGGGUGAUUUUUAAAGUGUGUUACCUGUUUGCACUGUUUUAAAAUAGGAGGGGGGGGGGGCGGGGAACAACCUAGUGAACAAGAUGAACAUCCAAUGUAAACUUCUUUGUGUUUUUAUUUUGUCAUGCUCUUGGAAAAUGUCAAACAUUUUGUAGUAUACACCAGUGAGGCUUGAUUCUUUGUUGCAUAAAACACUAUUUUUGGUGAUGUCAAUGUCUGAAAAGCCCCUUCCCUCCACCCCCACCUUACUGAUUGCCCUCUCUGCCCUCCAACCCCAGUAAACUUCUCUUCUAUGAUGAAAACUCCAGUCAACAAGGCAAGCAGGAGUCUGAUAGCCAGAGUGUGAAAUGGGGCCCUUUUCAAGUAGGCUCUGGGGUUUCUCCCCGGUACGCUUUGCUCCAGCCAGGAGUUGGCAGGAUAGACCCGUCCCUCUGCAGCACGUGCAUCGAUGGCAGCCUUGGUGGGACUUGGGACGUCCAACUGCCGGCUCUGCUGCCACUGCUAACCCUGGAGGGCAACUUCUUCUUGCCAGUGGUUGAAAGCGCUGCCCGCGGUUGUCCUCUCUGGGUGGCAGGCUGCAGCUGGUCCAGGCUUGUGCCGGAGACAAGCUGCCCACGCUGCCUCUCGACUCGUGGUAGAGCAAAAACUCAUCAGCCAAAAAUCUUGCCUGAUUUCACCAGGAGAUUGCUGGUGUCUUAAAGCCGUCCACCCCAAUAUUCAUUUGUCUGGCAGACAGCAAAAUGCCAGUUAAUCUUAGGAAUGGUUUUUCUUUUUUAUAUUCUGUUGUUGUUGUUGUUGUUCUGAAGUGGGUCAAUAAAUCUCUUGCCAGAUUCCCAGUUCUCUGCUGGUGGAGGGGCUUGUUGCUUCCCCGAGGAGUGAAUUCAUUACAGAAAUCAGGCCUCCCACAUAAGUAGUCUCAGUUUUGGUCAUGUUUUUCUAUUUUUUUUCUGUUCACAGUAUUUUGUGUGUGCGCGCGUGUUGUAGUUUUGGCAGCUUGGUUUGGCUGCAUUAUCAAGUGACGAAAUAAUCCUCUUUUACCCCGGGGGAUAUGAUUUGGUUUUGGAUUUCCCCCCCCACCUUUUUUUAUUUUUUUUUUUUUAUAUGAUAAAUCCUGCUUGUAAAUAGCUGGAGCUAAAACCUGGGGCUGAUAGCAAAUGAGAACCAGGGCUGUAGAGCGAUAAUGGAGCUGGUGGAGUAUUUUACUGACCUCACAGGCUGAUCUACUUGAGACUUGGAGAUUUUCAGUGCAAGGCUGAGAUGCCGCAGCACCUCCAAUGGCAGCGACGGACUUGCCCCUUCACGCAGUCUCCCCAGCACCUCCCAUUGCCAGGUACCGCCGGGGAACAGGACGUGUUCCGAGUGGGAUGCGUUCCCUUCCCCUGGAUCAUUUCCUAGGACGCCCGAGCCGCUUGCCCAGGGUCCCAUUUCCCCGCUGACUCUGGAGAAGCAGUAUCUGCAUCCCAGGGCUUUGUGACAGCCUCUAACUUCCUGCCCUCCCUCGUUAAGUAUCAUAUUGUAUAGUAGCUUUCAGACCAUACAGUAUUCAUUGGGUUAUUCCUAUUAUUAUCAAGUAGCUGGAAUUGUGAAGGUCGGAGUAGUUAGAUCUUUAGCUUUUAUUCCUUUUUUUUGUAUUACUAUCCAUGUGUAUAAAUUAUUGAUCAUGUUGCUGGCUUUUAUAAACUCUAAGCAAGGGGGGAAACCCUUCCUAACCCUUUGCAAAUGGUAAUGAAGCACUGUUUUUAAAUAAAAGAGAGAAACACCA